AUGAAUCCCGACGAAUCAUAUGCGAUUAUGCUGCGCAUUGAAAGAGUGGAUGACAUGAGGUAUAAGUUCAGUGCGGGUGACUGGUCUACAAAUGGCAAGGGAGAAGUGCAAACGCCAGCUCGCAGUAUUCCUCAUCACCGACGCCGUGCCAGUGACACUGCGACGGCUUGGAUGAGCAAGACCGUAGCAUUCGAUCGAGUGAAAGUCACCAAUAAUCAGCAAGACAACGAUCCGUUCCAUGGACUCUGGAGGCCAAAGAAAUGGACAAUUCGGAUUACCACGACUUGUAAAUAA